AUGUCCACAGAGUAUGAUCACGAAAACGGUCGCUAUGACGACGAGCCUCGCUUCUCUCGCGACGAACGCAGCGCAUCUCCUCGCGAUGAGCCUCGUGCCGACCGCGCCCGUAGCCGCUCUCCCAAUGGUCGCGCCGAUGACCGGGCUCCCAUCGAGCCGCGUAAGCCUCUUGAGGAUGAAGAGGGUGCGGCCAACACUGGCUCCAACCUUUUCGUCACGGGCAUUCACCCGCGUCUGACUGAGUCCGACAUUUCGCGUCUUUUCGAGAAAUAUGGCGAUGUCGAGAGCUGCUCGAUCAUGGUCGACCCCCACACCAAGGAAUCUCGUGGCUUCGGAUUCGUCAAGAUGGUGACUGCGGAACAAGCCGACGCUGCCAAGGAAGGUUUGCAGGGUGAGGUCAUCGAGGGCCGUACUCUCAGCAUUGAGAAGGCUCGCCGUAGCCGCCCUCGCACCCCGACCCCUGGCAAAUACUUUGGACCCCCCAAGCGUGACUUCCGGGGCGGUGGCCGUGGUGGACGCGGUGACCGCUACGACGACCGACGUGGCUCUUACGGAGGCAGCUGGCGUCGCAACGACGACUAUCGCUAUGGCCGCUACGACUCUUACAGUGACCGCCGCGACUAUGGCGGCCGUGGUGACUACCGGGAUUACCGCCGUGACUACCGGGACGACUACGGUAGCUACCGUGGAAUCGAUCGUUAUGCUUCGGGAGGACGGGAAGACCGGUACAGUCGCGAUGAACGCCGCGAUGACCGCCGCGAAGAGCGCCGUGGCUAUUAUGAUCGCGAUGCUAACCCUCCUAGUUACAGUCAUGGUGGUGCUCCUCCUCCUCCCCGCGAGGGUUAUUCCGGCGGCGGCGGCAGCAGCGGUGGCGGUGGCGGCGGUCGCUCGUAUGAUCCUCGUGAAGACCGAUAUGGUAGCAGGUAG